GGGCGCGCCGGGGCCCGGGUCGCCAGGCACAUGGGGGACCGGGCCGCUCUGUGAGAGGGGAGAGGAAAAUCAUGAUCGUCCGGCCCAACAGCUCGGUAUCCAGCAUCCUCGGGGGGACGCAGGGCCCCGAAGAGGUGUCGCGCUCGGAGUGCGUGCUGGGAUUUAUCCCCGUGAUCUACUACAGCGCCCUCCUCUGCGUGGGAGUACCAGUUAACAUCCUGACGGCGGUGGUACUUUCGCGGCUGGCCAGCCGCACCAAGAAGAGCCUGUACCUGUACCUCCUGGCGCUAACUGGCUCAGACAUCCUGACCCAACUCUUCAUCAUCUUCGUCGGCUUCCUCCUGGAGACGGCCGUAUUCCACCGGCAGGUGCCCGAGCUGCUUCUGCACUCUGUCAGCGUCCUGGAGUUUGCAGCCAACCACGCCUCCAUCUGGGCUGCGGUGCCACUCACGGUGGACCGCUACCUGGCGCUGUGCCACCCGCUGCUGCACCGGCAGGUCAGCUACCCGUCGCGGGCGCGCCGCAUCAUCGCUAUCGUUCUUGCGCUGGCGCUGGCCUCGGGCGUGCCCUUCUUCUGGUGGUCGGACGUGUGGCGCGUGAGCCGUCCGCCCACACGACUCGACCGAGCCCUCAUCUGGACCCACGUAGCAAUCAUCUACUUCCUGCCCUGCAGCAUCUUCCUGUCGCUCAACGCCCUCAUCCUCCGAAGGCUCCGGGUGCGCCAGCAGCAGAGGCGGCAGGAAGAACAUGGCGGCAGGUGCCGAGGAAAGCCACCAUACCGCAUGGGCAAGACCACCGCCAUGCUGCUAGCCGUCACCUCCGUGUUCGCCGUGUUGUGGGCUCCGCGCACCGUGGUGGUCCUCUACCAUCUGCACGUCUCCUCCGUGCACCGCGACUGGCGCGUCCACCUGGCCUACGACCUGGCCAACAUGCUGGCCAUGCUCAACACGGCCGUCAACUUCUUCCUCUACUGCUUCGUCAGUCGGCCCUUCCGGGCCGCCGUCCGGGAUGUGUUGCUGCUGCGGGGGCCGCCGCUGCGCCUGCACCGCACCCUACGGCACCAACAAGCCGCCGCCAAUGUGUCCACCUCCUCCCUGUCAAGCAGCCACAAGCGAUACCAGCGCGACGUCACGCCCUCGGCACCUGGAAGGGCCAGUGUGACCACAUGACCCGUCCUCUUAGGUCACGGUCGACUCCCCGACCGGGUCUCCACCCGCAUCUUCCGUCACAGUCGACCACGUGACAGAUUCUCAGUCCAAUCUUCAAGGCACAUUUCGACUUUGUGACCUUGUGUGAUGCCUUAGAUCUCAUACGACAGGAUCCCGUCUCUGCAAGUCCUGAGGACCGCUGCCCAUUUCCACCACGUCUAAAGGGAAUUACAGAAGUGUCCUACUGAACCCGAGUUCCAUUUCGUGCUCAUCGUUAAACGCUAUUUGUGUUUUUUCCCACUCGGGAUCACAGAUGACGAUAUGGCACAGCUAAAAACUGCGCAAUGGUCACGAUUCGGACUAUUCUCCUCGUACCUCUUUAUUUCUGCGCAC